AUGAGCGUCGAGGAGGCCUACCAAAGGGCGAUGGGCACACUGCAGAAAUGGGUCCAGAAGGAAGUGAACGCCGCCAAAACACUGGCGGUGCUCCGGACGUACUCGCCGGCACACGUAAGGUUGACGGACCGUACUGGAUGGUGUGCCGCGGAGACGCUGCCGGAGCUGAACGCUUCCAGGAUCGCCCUGCACCGGUGGCCGGGCGUUCUGAACCCGGCCUUUGAGGCGUCGAGGAAGAAGCAGCAGCACGCCGCGGCGGAGCUGCACGUGCUGAACGUCACCCUGAUGACGGCGCAGAGGAGGGACGGCCACCCGUCGGUGUACAACGUCGCGCCGCCGUCGAGGGCGCCGGCGGCGGGGCAGAGGGCGGACUGCAGCCACUGGUGCCUGCCCGGCGUGCCGGACGCGUGGAACGAGCUCCUCUACGCUCUGAUCGUCAGGAGAUUCUCGUCGUGA